GCGGGUGCGUUUGAGAAAGACCCAUUGGAUUCUAUAUUAUCAUUCCUCUGCAAAGAAAAAUUUUCCCAGCAAACGUGCUACACAUUCCUCUACAAAUUUAAUUUUACUGCAAAUUUGUCCUGAUAAUCUUCAUAGCACAGAAGGAACCCAACCCCCUUUUACCAACACCGACGAACGGCCACAUAAAACAUCCCGUGCCCAGAUAGCCAAGCCCGAUGGCGGCCAACGAUAGGAAGAAAAUGAGAACGAAUGAGAAAUAAAACAGAGAAAGAGAAAAGAAGAGAGAGUACAAUUGCACAAAGCUAGAUCCAUAUUUGGGUUCUCAAAUUUCUUCCUUUUUCCCCAUAUCGGCCCUCUCUCAAAAGAACCCACAAAAUGAAUGAAAAUACUUGUAGAUCUGGGUUCCUUGCUGAACCUAGCGUGAUUUUGCAGCCAGAUCUAGCGCAAGAGGAGAGAAAGUCUGACGGAAACCGAACUGGGUUUCCUGGGAUGUGCUUGUCGAUUAAGAUUUUGACUAGAAUCAACAGAAAUAUGCCGAGAAGUCAUCUGGGUAUUAUUGCUCUGAGGUUUGGACCAGCGGGAGCGUUUGGAGUGGCAGAGAGAGUUGGGUUUGGGCGUGCUGGUCUGUUCAUGGCAGCGGGAAGGAGUGGGCGAUUGGGGAGGAUACUUCCCUCCAUUUCCGAGGAAAAAGGAUGGGUUUUUUGGGGUUUGGGUUGGGAUUCAGAUAUGGAUGUUUUCAGGGGAAGAUUGGAUUGGCAUGGCACAUGGCACUGGCAGUGUGAGGAUAUGGAAGAGGCAAUCUACGAUGAUUGGUGUUGAUUGAAGAUGGAAUUAAGCAGAAGGAUUGG